GUAAAAGUCUUAUUUACCAUAGGAAAAGUAGUACUCUGUGGUGUAUAUAAUUCACUAAUUCAGAACUAAAUAAAGGCAAGAGAGAAUUGCAGAGCUUGAAAAAACGGCCGGAGACAAAGAGAAUUGAAGAAGAUGAAGCAGAGCAGCAGCGGCGGCGCCGUUCAUGUGGUGAUGGUUCCAACCCCAUUUCAAGGCCAUCUGACCCCUUUCGUCCACCUAGCACUCAAACUCGCUUCCCACGGCUUCACCGUCACCUUCCUCAACACCCACGCCACCCACGCCAACCUAAUCCGCUCCGCCGCCGCCGCCGGAGAAUCCGCGCCGGACAUUUUCUCCGAUGCCCGGAGCCGCUCCGGGCUGGACAUCCGUUACGCCCUCAUCGGGGACGGGUUCCCCUUGGGGUUCGACCCGUCGACAAACCAAGAGCAGUUCAUCCACGGGUUGUUCCACGUCUUCUCCGCCCACGUCGACGACUUCAUCGACCGCCUCCGGCGGCGUUCCGACGUGGACCCACCGGUGUCGUGCCUCUUGACUGACUCUUUCUUCGUGUGGCCGUCGAUGGUGGCCGAAAAACACGGCCUCCUUAACGUGUCCUUUUGGACCCAAUCGGCUCUGGUUUUCGCCAUGUACCUACACAAGGAGGACCUUUUAACCGCUCAUCGUCACUUUGGUGUAAUCAAACCCAGAGAUUUGCCUUCUCCCCUUCAAAACCCUGAGGGGCCAUGGAAUACGGUUGACACAUACGUAUUGAAAUCACUGGAAGAUGCUGUCAAAGCCGACAUCAUCGUCUCCAACACUGCGUUUGAGCUUGAGUCCUCCACAAUCACUGCACUGCAACAAGAUAGGCCUUUCUACGCGGUCGGCCCGGUUUCCCGAUUCGGCUUACCCGAGGCUGCCGCCACUGUUCCGACUAGCUUUCGGUCGGAGUCGCCCGAUUGCCGCCCCUGGCUCGACGCCAGGCCGGAAAACUCGGUCCUCUACGUCUCCUUUGGGAGUCUUAUAAAUGUUGACAAACACGUGAUUCACGAGAUCGCCCGCGGGCUAGCCCUAAGCGGGGUGAGUUUUCUCUGGGCGAUGCGCAGGGACAUCACGGGUUCAUCUGCGGACGAACCCGAUCUUUUCCCCGCGGGAUUCGGCGGCGAGAUCGAAGGAAGAGGGCUAGUUGUGCCGUGGUGCGACCAAACCGAAGUACUGUCCCACCGGGCGACCGGGGGAUUCUUGACGCACUGCGGGUGGAACUCGGUCUUGGAGAGCGUGUGGUGCCGGGUCCCAAUGCUGUGUUUUCCUCUGUGUUCGGAUCAACCCACGAGCAGGAGACUCGUGGUCGAGGAUUGGAAAGUCGGGAUCAACCUUUGUGAUGGAGGAACGGUGGAGAGGGAAGAGGUUCGAGAGAAAACGAACCGCCUCAUGAGCAGGGGGGAGACAAGGGAAGGAUUGGGAGAGAAGAUGAAAACAACACAGGAGAAACUGCAGAGGGCUGUGUGUGCAAAUGGGUCUUCAGAGAAGCAUUUGGAGGCAUUCAUGCAUGAGCUCAAGCUCAAGACUCAGCAGAAACUCAACUUCACUGAAAAGUAGCUGUCUUCUAGGAUGUGUUUGGUUGGAGGUCACAAAAAAAAGAGAAGAGAAUUAGAAUGGAAGCCAUCCAAGCACAUCCAUUCAGAUUUUCAUAGCCUUAAAACCAAACACACCCUUAAGCUUACCAAGCACCCUCAGUAUGGUGUGUAGUAUCACUGGACAAUAGUUCAUUGACACCAAUAAAUUUGACACCACCGG